AUGGCGUCGCCGCCGUUAUCACCGCCGUCGGGGUUGCGCCAUGACGGUCAAGUGCUAGGUAGUAGAAACGCUCCUCCAUUAGGAAACCGCAACCCCGACGGCGGUGAUAACGGCGGCGACGCCAUUGUCAACAUCGGCAAUAACGGCGGAGGCGGAGGCAGAGAUGACGGCGGCGGCGACGACAGAGGCGACAGAGGCGGUAACAACGGCGAUAACAGCGGUAACAACAGAGGCGGUAACAAACAAAAAAACUUGUUUGUUACCGUCUCUGUUGUUGCCGCUGUUACCACCGUUGUUACCGCCUCUGUCGUCGCCGCCGCCGUCAUCUCCGCCUCCGCCUCCGCCGUUAUUGCCGAUGUUGACAAUGGCGUCGCCGCUGUUAUCGCCGCCGCCGGGGUUGCGGUUUCCUAA